GAGUCUUUCCAUUGCAUGUUGCAAAUUUCUUGAGCAUUUGGUCAAUUCCUUACUAAUCACUUGCAUGUCUUCUCUUGUUUUUGGUGGAAGAGAUCAAAAGAUCACCCAUCCCAGAGUUGAACUUCAUGAGCUCAGUUCCCUGCUCUUCAAGAUCCAACUCAAACAAUGUGAUGAUUAAAUCAAGGCAAAUCAGUUUUCUCCAAGCUGUUGAUGAUCCUAAUAGAUCAUAACAUCUCCAGAAAAUGGCAUUUGUGGGUAAUAAUUCAUCACUACAACUCCUGCUCGGCACGAGCUUCGUGCUUCUUGCUUCAGUUGCGGUCAAUGGUGAAGACUUUUUCCAUGAAUGGAGGGUUGCAAUUGACACAACAAUCAAACCAGUAUUAGCAAAUCAGCCUGUUAUUACAAUCAAUGGCAUGUUCCCUGGACCCCUUAUCAAUGCCUCCACAAAUGACGAUAUUCAUAUCAAUGUGUUCAAUGGCAUGGACGAGCCUAUUCUAUUUACAUGGAAUGGGAUUCAACAGAGAUUAAACUCAUGGCAAGAUGGAGUUUCUGGGACGAAUUGUCCAAUUCAGCCUGGAAAAAAUUGGACUUAUUUGUUUCAGAUGAAGGAUCAAAUUGGCAGCUUCUUCUACUUCCCUUCUUUGAAUUUCCAGAAAGCUGGGGGAGGAUUUGGUCCUAUUAGGAUUAAUAAUCGUAUAGUCAUAAGUGUGCCUUUUCCUAAACCAGCAGCUGAGUAUGAUCUUCUCAUUGGGGAUUGGUAUCAAACAUCUUAUAAGGAGGUUAGGUCCAUGAUACUGAAUGGCUCUACCAAUCUUGGUCCGCCAGAUAAGAUGCUAAUAAAUGGCAAAGGCCCAUAUUUAGAUCCUUCAACCAAAUCCUAUGAGUCAUUCACUUUCACAUCAGGAAAGACAUACAGGUUGAGAAUAUCCAAUGUGGGGAGUGUAUGGAGUUUCAAUUUCAGGAUACAAAAUCAUAAAAUGUUACUGGUUGAAACGGAAGGAUCAUACACUAAUCAGACUACAUUUGAAUCGUUGGAUGUGCAUGUUGGGCAAUCCUACUCUGUUCUCGUCACAGCAGAUCAGAAAGCAGCAGACUAUUAUAUCGUGGCUGCUCCUAAAAUGGUUAACGCUGAUAAAAUCAACAGUGUUACUGCUGUAGGAAUUCUACAUUAUGCUAAUUCUACUACAAAUGCCACUGGUCCUCUUCCAAUUGGUCCUGAUCCUUUUGAUCUGCAAUUCUCCAUUAAUCAAGCUAAGUCCAUCAGGUGGAACAUGACCACGGGAGCUGCAAGGCCAAACCCGCAAGGAACCUUCAACGUUACCAAUGUGACAUUAUCACAAACAUUUAUCCUGCAAGGAUCAAAAGCUGAGAUUGAUGGUGAAUCCUUUUAUACAGUCAACGAUGUCUCCUACACUACACCAACUACUCCAUUAAAGCUUGCUGAUCACUUCGGAGAUCGGUCUGGGGUUUUUGAACUUGAUCAAUUUUCCACUAAUUCUUCAAAUGGUAGCCCCAAACAUGGCGUUUUUGUUGCGUCCGGGAACCAUAAAGGAUGGCUAGAAAUUGUGUUCAAGAAUAAUUUGGAUGUUAUGGAUUCUUGGCAUUUGGAUGGCUUUGGCUUCUUUGUUGUUGGAUACGGUGAAGGAGAAUGGAGAAAUCAAUCGCGCUUAACUUAUAAUAUUUAUGAUCCUGUAGUUCGUUCCACAGUUCAGGUGUACCCAAAAGCAUGGAGUGCAGUGUAUGCAUAUCUUGACAAUCCAGGGAUGUGGAACUUGAGAUCACAAAAUUUGAGAAAUUGGUACUUAGGCCAAGAGCUCUACAUUAGAGUUUAUGAUGCUGACCCUGAUCCUGCCAAAGAGAGACCACCCCCUGCUAAUCUUCUCUUUUGUGGGAAAUUCAGUUCGCCUCCUCCACCUCCAGCUCCUGCACCUAAUGCUCCUGCAUUUCCUCCUCCGCCUGCUGCAUUAACUCCUCCUCCGCCUGCUGCAUCUCCUCCUCCUCCUAAUGCUUCUCCUCCUCCUCCAUCAACUGUUCCUACUUCUCUUGCAUUAUCUAGACAAAUUUCAUGGUUUGAAAACAUUAUGAUGGUGAUUAUUGCAUUUCUUUGCAUUGGACAGCAGUAGAUGGUGAAAUUUUUCAUUAAAUUAUGAAUUUGACAGUGAAGUGAAUUGGAAAAAUAAACUUAUGAUAUCAUAAUUUUAGAAUUUAAUUAUCUUUUUGGAAAAUACCCUUAAAAAUAGGCUUACAAGCAAUGAUAUAUGUUAUUUAUUAUAUAGUUUA